AUGUUUAUCGGAAUUACCAAACGUUUUCUAACGCAACAACAAGCAUCGUGCAUCGUUUUUCACCUCAAACUUCGACAUGCUUCCUCCUCUGCUGUGUCAUCCGCCAAACUAACCUCAAGUUAUUUUCACCAUUCUUCAUCACUUCCAUUCGUCUACAAAACAAUCAGUCAAAACUUUGACGAGACUGCUGCCAAAUAUCCAGAUCAUGAGUGCUAUGUCUUUUCGAGCGAACAAAAACGAUAUACUUUCAAGUCAUUCAAAGAGGAAGUCGAUGGUCUAGCUGCAUCUCUUCUCGAACUCGGAUUCGAAAAGAAUGAUCGGUUUGCGGUAUGGCUACCAAACACCUCACAGAAUGUCGCAAUGACCUAUGCUGCAUCGAAACUAGGUCUCAUCAAAGUGAACAUCAAUCCUGCUUAUGUUGGUCGUGAACUUGAGUAUUGCAUCAACAAGGUGGGAUGCAAAGGCUUGAUUUUGCCACCAUCGGUGAAAGUGAUUCCAUCGUUGGACCUGUUUCGAAAGGUAGUUCCUGAACUGGAUAGUCACUCGAGAUCUCGUGAGCUGUCGUCGAAAGCGCUUCCGACGUUGAAACACGUGAUACUGAUAGGCGAUGGAUCGAAGAGCAGUGGAACUCAUUCGUAUGAUGAUUUGGUGAAGCGCGGAAGUAAACUGUCACACAAUAAGCUGGAAGAGCGGCAAGCAUCAGUGAAUCCCGAUUCGGCCGUGGCAAUAUUUUACACAUCGGGCACAACUGGACAACCGAAAGCAGCAACGUUAAGUAACUUUGGGAUGCUCAAUCUAGUGCAUGCUCAAUGGGAGCACCUUGGCCAGUUCUUCACACGUCUCUGUGUUCCUAUUCCAAUGUUUCACAUGUUUUCUGAAAUCGUCGGUGUACUAAAUGUGGCUGUCGCGAAAGCAAAAGUAAUUUUCCCGGCGAUUUUACCUGAUACUGUUUCGACGAUGGAAAGUAUUCACAAAGAAAAAUGUACAGCUCUUAUCGGUGCACCGAUUAUCUUUCGUGAUAUUUUAACACAUCCUGACAAGAACAAAUACGAUUUAAGCUCAUUGGAAUUCUCUGCAAUUGGUGCCAGUCCAAUGCACCCUAGUUUCUUAUCACAGUUAGAGAAAGAAAUACCAGUUAAACGUAUAGCCCAAGGCUAUGGAUUGACAGAAAAUUGUGCCAUAUUGACUAGUGGCAUGUGGGCCGGUGAUAGUGAUCCCAAACGACGUCAAGGAUCUCUGGGACGAUGUAUGCAACGGUUAGAAGUCAAAGUAGCUGAUGAAAAUGGUAAUGCUGUACCCAUAGGUCAACAAGGUGAGAUUUGGGCACGUGGUUACCCGAUCAUGAUGGGCUAUUAUAAUGAUCCUGAGAAAACAAAAGAAGCACUCACUCCUUCUGGAUGGCUUCGAACNAAGAAUGAUCGGUUUGCGGUAUGGCUACCAAACACCUCACAGAAUGUCGCAAUGACCUAUGCUGCAUCGAAACUAGGUCUCAUCAAAGUGAAUAUCAAUCCUGCUUAUGUUGGUCGUGAACUUGAGUAUUGCAUCAACAAGGUGGGAUGCAAAGGCUUGAUUUUGCCACCAUCGGUGAAAGUGAUUCCAUCGUUGGACCUGUUUCGAAAGGUGGUUCCUGAACUGGAUAGUCACUCGACAUCUCGUGAGCUAUCGUCGAAAGCGCUUCCGACGUUGAAACACGUGAUACUGACAGGCGAUGGAUCGAAGAGCAGUGGAACUCAUUCGUAUGAUGAUUUGGUGAAGCGCGGAAGUAAACUGUCACACAAUAAGCUGGAAGAGCGGCAAGCAUCAGUGAAUCCCGAUUCGGCGGUGGCAAUAUUUUACACAUCGGGCACAACCGGUCAGCCAAAAGCGGCGACACUUACGAAUUACGGCAUACUCAAUUUGGUGCAUGCUCAAUGGGAACUUCUGGGCCAAUAUUUCACACGUCUCUGUGUUCCUAUUCCAAUGUUUCAUAUAUUUGCAGAGGUGGUUGGCGUAUUGAAUGUGGCUGUUGCGAAAGCAAAAGUAAUUUUUCCGGCGAUUUUACCUGACACAGUUACAACAAUGCAAGCUAUUCAUAGUGAGAAGUGUACAGCUCUUAUCGGCGCACCGAUUAUCUUUCGUGAUAUAUUAAUGCAUCCGGACAGAAAAAAGUACGAUCUCAGUUCGUUAACUUUUGGUGCUCUAGGAGCAAGUCCGAUGCAUACAGACUUCUUAGCACAACUGGAAAAAGAAAUACCAAUUGGACGUGUGUCUCAAGGUUAUGGUAUGACAGAAAACUCAGCUCUUAUGACGAGUGGUAUGUGGGCCGGUGACAGUGAUCCCAAACGACGUCAAGGAUCUCUGGGACGAUGUAUGCAACGGUUAGAAGUCAAAGUAGCUGAUGAAAAUGGUAAUGCUGUACCCAUAGGUCAACAAGGUGAGAUUUGGGCACGUGGUUACCCGAUCAUGAUGGGCUAUUAUAAUGAUCCUGAGAAAACAAAAGAAGCACUCACUCCUUCUGGAUGGCUUCGAACUGGUGACGAAGCUAAAAUGGAUGAAGAUGGUUAUCUGUAUUACGUAGGUCGUCAAAAGGAAAUGAUCAUUCGUGGCGGUAUCAAUAUCUAUCCCGUGGAAAUUGAAAACACUCUUAUCGAACAUCCAAGUGUUGCCGAAGCACAAGUCUUUUCGAUUCCUGACGAACGAUAUGGUGAAGAAGUGUGCACAUGGAUCAAACUGAAACCGAAUGCACCGACAUGCACAGUCAAUGAUAUUACUAAAUUUCUAUCGGACAAACUUGCAUUCUUCAAGAUUCCGAAACAUAUUCGUUUUGUAGAUAAAUUCAUAAUGACACCGACGGGCAAAGUGCAAAAGUUCAAGUUAUCGGAAGUGAUGGUUGCCGAGUUAAAGGAAGUGAAGUCAAAGAAAUAA